UUGCAGCCCGCGCAUCGCGGUGGUUUGAUUAAGCUGCUAGCAUUAGACUCGCAACUAUCGACUGAUGAUGUCGCCUGAAAGAGAAGUAGACCGAUUAAACCGGCACGCAUAGUGCCGAGAUGGGUAAACCGGAGACGCAAGAUGGAAGGGCUGUAAAUCGAGCACACAUGGACGCUGGAUAUAAGUCUGCCGGCCCGCGCAUCCUCGCCGCAUAAUAGCUAGUUCAUCCAUCUUUGCUUUCCUCAGCGUUCUCUUCACCGUCGCUCCACCUCAAAAGAUGCAUCGUCUAGGAGCUGCGUUGCUUGCCAUUGCGGGCUUUGCAGGUCUCGCUCAUGCUGCACCCGCAAGCACGACGCCAUGUUGCAAAUGCUUUCCAGGCGAUGCUUGCUGGCCCAGCGCCAGCGACUGGGCUGCGUUCAACAAGACCGUCAACGGGCGGUUGAUUGCGACGGUUCCUUUGGGAUCGCCGUGCCACGGUGAUUCUUACAAUGCGACGGAAUGCCAGUUUCUGCAGGACAAUUGGCUAUAUUCUCCGAUUCAUCUGCGCGUCAGCUACAACUCGUCCUCGUCGGUUAUGGCGCCCCUGUUCGCCAACGCGAGCUGCGAUCCCUUUCAGCCAGAGGACACUCCUUGCACGCUCGGCAACUAUGUGCGAUAUGCGGUCAACGUGUCCACUGCAGCCCAUGUUUCGGCAACUCUCCAAUUUGCGGCCAAGCGCAACAUUCGCUUUGUCAUUCGCAACACGGGACACGAUUACAACGGCCGCUCGACCGGUGCAGGUGCCCUUUCUGUCUGGACUCACCACCUCAAGGACACCGAGAUUUUGGAUUGGGACGACCAGUUUUAUACCGGCAAGGCCCUCAAGGUGGGAGCCGGUAUCCAGGGCUUUGAGGCGCUUGAAGCCGCACACGCCGCAAACUUGAUUGUGGUGACGGGAGAAUGCCCUACUGUUGGUCUUGCUGGAGGCUACGUUCAAGGCGCCGGGCACUCAGCUCUUAGCACCAUCUACGGCUUAGCAGCCGACAAUGCCCUCUCAUACGAUGUGGUGACUCCCAACGGCACGCUCGUUACCGCAACCCGUACCCAGAACAAGGACCUCUACUGGGCGCUCAGCGGUGGCGGCGGCGGUAACUACGGCGUUGUCAUCUCCAUGGUGUUCCGUGCCCAUCCAGACGAUGUCGUCGCUGGUGCCAAGUUUGCCAUUGAUACUUCCUCGCUAGGUGAUAGCGUGCUGUACUCAGUCAUUGAUGCUUUCCACGCAGCGCUGCCUGCCAUUGUAGACUCGGGCGUGAUGAUCAUCUACUUCUUCGGCCCAGGCUUCUUCCAGGUGCCCGCCAUGACUGCGUACGGCAAGACCCAGGACGAGGUCGAGGCCAUCCUGGAGCCCUUUGUCAGUGCGCUCGCUGAGCUCAACAUCGACCUGGCUCCCACGUACACGCAAUUCCCCAGCUACUUCCAGCACUUCCAGAACUACUGGGGCCCGCUUCCCGCAGGAAACAUUCAGGUCGGCACCGACUUGUUUGGAGGCCGAUUGAUCCCCCGCUCGGUGCUCCCGAAUUUCUCGCCGACGGCGCAGAAGCUAGUCGAGCUCGGCGUCACCUUCAUCGGCGUGGGCCUCAACGUGUCAAACUUUGGCCUCGACAACGCCAAUGCCGUGCUGCCGCAGUGGCGCUCGUCCAUCGUCGAGGCCUCGCUUACGCUGCCGUACAGCUUCCAGGUGCCCUUCCAGGACAUGAUUAACACCCAGGACACAAUCACCAACGUCGUGCAGCCCGUCAUCGAGGCUGCCACGCCCAAUGCCGGUGCCUACAUGAACGAGGCUGAUUUCCAGCAGCCUGACUUCCAGGACGUCUUCUUCGGCGUCAACUACCCGAAGCUGCUGCAGAUUAAGCACAAGUAUGACCCUAACAGCCUGCUGUAUGCGAGAGCAGCAGUGGGCAGCGAGGUGUGGACAGUGGCUGAGAACGGCCGGAUGUGCAGAACUCAGUCAUGA